AGCAGAUUAGCUAGCUACGUCCACUGAUUUUGUGCAAAAGCGACUGUUUACAAGAUUGCAAGCUAGCGACCGACAUAGCUAGCCAGGUAAGCUUGUCAGAGUUAGUAAGACAGGUAAGCUUGUCAGAGUUAGUAGCUGCAGCAACUAGCUAAGUUAGCUCGUUAACCUCCCACAACAGUAUUUAUAAUAUUAUUUUUAACACUAUUCAGCUAGCUAUCUAUUACAUUUUCCAUUUUGUGGGGCAGUAGUUGGCUUGAUCUCACAGUUGGUUAGCCAGCUAGCUAAAUUAGUUAACGUUAGCUGGUUAGCCAGCUAGAAGUGUUAGCUAAUGUCUAGUUGUCCAACUGUGUUGAUUAACAAAAUAUGUGAACUCCUCAUUUCAGAUGCCGAGUCGAGUUAGAAACUUGAAGCGGCGAAAGGGGAUGUGCACUGUUGCCUCAAGCGACUUCCAUCUCGAGGAGAACAGUUCAGAUAAGGUCAGUGAAUGUUGUUUUUAGUUCUUCUCAGUUGACAUUUUACGUUAUGGAUUGCGCAGGGGUGUAAAGAAGUUAAUAAAAAAUACUUUAAAGUACUACGUAGGUAGUUUUGGGGGGCAUCUGUACGUUACUAUUUGUAUUUUUGACAACUUUUACUUUACUAACGUUACAUUCCUAAAGAAAAUAAUGUACUUUUAACUCCAUAUAUUUUCCCUGACACCCAAAAGUACUCGUUCCAUUUUGAAUACUUAGCAGGACAGAAAAGGGUCCAAUUUACACACUCAUCAAGAGAACAUCCCUGGUCAUCCCUACUGCCAAUGAUCUGGCGGACUCACUAAACACAUACUGUGUUUGUAAAUUAUGUCUGAGUGUUGGCAUAUGCCCCUGGCUAUCCGUACAUUUUAAAAAACAAGAAAAUUGUGUCAUCUGGUUUGUAUAUUAUAAGGAAUUAGAAAUUAUUAUUACUUUGACUUGUACUUUUGAUACUAAGCAUAUUUAAAACCAAAUACUUUUAGACUUUUACUCAAGUAGUAUUUUACUGGGUGACUAACUUUUACUUGAGUCAUUUUCUGUUAAGGUAUCUUUACUUUUACUUAAGUAUGACAGUUGGGUCCUUUUUCCACCACUGGGGUUGUCAUUCAUAGUGUUAUGGAAGCCUGUUAUUAUUUUUAAUAAGUUGUUGUUUUGACUUUAUAGAGUUCAGGGAACAGGAGGGAUGUUAAAAAAAUGAAAAUUGAAGACUCAAAAACAGAAAUGCCCCAGAAUGACUGGAUGGUUGAAAGUUGUAGGGAGUCAACAACCAUUUCAGAGAGGCUCAGCUGUGAUGGUUGCGAGAGGCCUGAAAAUACAAGUUGUGGAGCACCACCAGACCUGGAGGAAUUGUGGGAGGGUAAAGAGAACGGUGUGAGAUUUGAGUUGAAUUACUGCCGAACAAACGGGUUGCCAGAGAAGAUGGAGGAUGACGAAACAGAAGAGGGUGUUGUGAUUGACAAGAGUGUCUUCCUUGAUGAUGACAGUAACCAGGUUCUUCCUGUGGAAAAGUUCUUCGGAAACAUGGAAGUUGUGCAGGUGAGAAGAGAUUUUUAUAACAAGUGUUAGGUGUGAUAGACGAGAUCCUGGUCUGAUUUUUGGAGCACAAUGGCUGCGUUUAAACAGCCAGCCAAAUUCUGAUAUUUCUUCCACAAAUUGGUAUUUUGACCAAUCAGAUCAGCUCAGAAAAAGAUCUGAUGUGAAAAGACCAAUUAGUGGGAAAAAGAUCAGAAUUGGAUGCCUGUGUAAACGCAGCCAAUAAAAAGGUUUCCAUCCAACCAUUUUAUGAGAGUAAUUAUGCUUUCACGUGCUAGUCGGAACAAGAAAACGCAGACAUUUCCAACAUGCUAUCUGGUUGAACGCGGCACGUGUAUAACUACAACCUGUUAGCAAGUUGUACAUUUCCGAGCUUCCUAUUUCCGACUAUGGUUAUUGACAUGCUCUGUUAUUUCCAUUUGCCUUGUAGGAUUGUCCACAGAGAUCUACUACGGCCAAUUCGACUUUCAGCAGGAGGGAGCACAGGAGACGACAGUACUAUGCCAAAGAGGACAGUGAUGAAGAAGAGGGCUAUACAGACAUGCAGCAAGAUCAAAUAGUUGACACUUAG